UCUCCCAUCCCAUCACCAAUUUAUUUCUAUCUUUGUAUCUUAAAUGUCAGUGACAGUACAAUGGUGGCUACAGAUAUUGCCCUUCUUUCCAUGACUACUACUGCUCAGAUCCAAAAAUCAUCACAAUCACAAUCACAAUCAAACCCUAACAUCACCACAACCACCACUACACCAUCAUCAUCAUCAACUUGGAUGUGGAACCCUAAACAACAACAUCAAGAACAACAAGAAGAUGAAGAUUCAUGGGAGGUAAGAGCUUUUGCAGAAGACACAAGGAACAUCAUGAACGCAACAUGGCCACCAAGAUCCUACACCUGCACUUUUUGUAGAAGAGAGUUCCGCUCAGCUCAAGCACUUGGCGGUCAUAUGAACGUCCACCGCCGCGACCGUGCUCGUCUUCAUCAAAAUCAACCACCGCUAAAUUCCUCCUCUCAUCAUCCUUCUUCUCAGUUCAUACAUAUCCCUCCUCUUAAUGCUGGAUUGUGUCUUUUUUACCAUUCACCAAACCCUAAUAUCUCUUCCUUCAAUGAUUCUAAUGGAGAUCAAUCUCCUUCUACUCUUCUCUCUAUCUCAUCAUCUUAUCCAACCAACAACUUGAUGAUGCAAAGGCAAAUGCAAACUUGUUCUCCUACACCUUUUCAUUUUCAGGCUAAUUCAGCUAGAAACUAUCAAUAAUAGCAUCUCUUCUUUUUCUAACAAACCUGCUAUCUGCACCUCCAUAGACGAUAAGAGUCAUGAAAUUGAAGAACUCGAUCUUGAGCUACGAUUGGGAAACAAGCCAGCACCGACAUGAAAAAUCUAUAGCUAUAACAUAGAUAUAUAGAUGGAUGAAUAUUUAUUUAUAUUUCAAGUUAUUAAUUCAUUUUAGUGUGUGUGAAGAAUAUUCAAUUCUAAAUUCAUAAAAGUACUCUUAUAUAUUAAUUUGUUCUCUCUUUUGCAGUGAGUAGUGAAGAACAAAUUAGUGUCCCGUAAUUUUCUUGAUGUCCAGCUAGCUUUUAGAUGAAAUUGAUGUCUGUUUCUGGUUGGGGUUUUGGGGGUUAAUUCAAUUUAAAUAAUUUAUAAUUUUUUUUGGUUGAUAAGUUUUGUUAUUAUGCGAUUGUUUUUGUGGCUAUGAUUAAGAAUUGCAAGUAGCUAGAAAUUAUAAUGAUGGAAAAAAGAUUAGGGUUUUGAAGAAGGCACUGAAAGGUUGCAGUGAAGUGUCAUUUUCUUGUUUACACACAAAUAUAUGUUUCUGGGCAUAUAUUUCCGUGGGGAUUAUUAUUAUUAUUUUCUACUUUUUUUUUUCUUUCUAAAUAAUGAUGUAC